UCAUGAACAUGAGCCGGCUGCUUUCUCUGCCUCUCCGAGCGUCUUUGAGCUGUUCUGACAUAUGCGCUCCCUCUCUCAGCUUCUCAGCUUCUCUGCCUCUUUCCUUUUUUUCUGUCUUUCCACCAAUCCCCAUACCUCUCCAUACCUCCAUAUCUCUCUCUCUCUCCCCCCCCCCCCCCCCCCUUCCAGGACAGGAAAAGGAGCAGUAGCAGGGUGCACCAGCGGAAACUGACCACAAAGACAGGGAGAGGAAGUGGGCAGUGACCUGUACGAGAGGGGACUGCGGUUUGGACAGCUGUGGUUCAACACUGGAUGAGAAAACCACAUCAGAGGCGACCAGAGGAAAAAAAGAGCCAAAGAGCCCCAGAACCUGUUAGAGGAAAAACCUCAACAACCUGGGCUAUAAACACAUUUUUUUAGCACAAAACUUUGAGAGAAAAACGAACAGAAGCAGAGUGAUAUCUCAGCGAUUACCUCCUGAGUUAACUCUGGAGCUUUGUCUUUGGAACUCUGGGAUUCAUUCUCAUUCAAGAGGAAUCAACCCAUACUUCAUCAUCACAGACUUAUCUUGUUUUUAUCUCGAAGAGGAUUUUGUACAGAAACCUGGUGAGAAACCAAGCGGAGAGAGAAAUCCCUGCCUGUUCAACAACACCUGCUGCUCUCUUUCAACAUCAGAAAAAAAACCUGCACCGCACAGAAAGGAGAGAGCGUGGAAGACUCGUACUCCCUGUUGAGCAUUCGACCACCUACCAGCCACUAAUCUCUACUGCAACCUGCCUCAUUAAUAAAGUAUAACCUCAGUUUGAGCUUGGGCUUACCAAAAUAAAGGUCUGAUUCUACUUGGCUUGGACCAUCUGUCUGUGUGAUGAUGGCUUGGCUCCAGCUGUGGACUAUGGGGCUUAUGGCCAUUAUGUCCGUCUCUCUCGCUGUUGCGGGAGAUUCUGGCCUUCCUGCGGUGGAAGGCAACUUUGAGAUUGUGAAGAAAGAGUCCCAUCCGGUCCUGAUCAGGCAGAAGAGAGAUUGGAUCUGGAACUCUCUCUAUGUGGAAGAGGAGAAACCUGCGCCCACCGCCUACAAGAUAGGACAGCUGAAGUCGAGCCAGCAAGUGGAGGUGAAGAGCUUCAAAAUCGAAGGUGAAGGAGCAAACACCAUCUUCACUGUGGAUCAAAAAGGAGACCUGUUUGUCACCAGAUCUUUGGACCGAGAGGAGAAGAACGCGUACCAUUUAACCGCCAGGAUGUAUGAUGGGAACAACAAGUUGAUAGAGGAUUCUGGAGAGUUUGUUGUCCAGGUGACGGAUCUCAACGACAACAUCCCAGUUUUUCCCGGAUCAUAUAAUGGAUCAAUUACGGAGAGGUCCACGAUAGGAACUAAAGUAGUUGAGGUGAGGGCAACCGACGCGGAUGACCCCACCACUGCUAACGGAGAGCUCAGGUACUCUCUGACCCCACACGGAGAACUUUCUGCCUUCGAAAUCGACAGCAUCACAGGUGUGAUCAGCUGCAAGAUAAACACUCUGGACCGGGAAACCAAGAGCCAAUUUGUAGUGGUGGUUAAAGCUCAGGACAUGAGAGGAAUGGCCUCUGGCAGCACAUCCACCACCUCUGUCACCAUCACCAUCGCCGACAUCAAUGACAACAUUGCUUCUUUCACCCGAAAGACGUAUGAACUGCAAGUUCCGGAGGACCACAAGCUGAAUGAGAAGAUAGGCACUCUGGAGUUGGAGGACAUGGAUCAGAUUCAGAACAAAGAGCCCAUCUUCAUCAUUCCAAAUGAAAAUAGCAAAGUGUUUAGCAUCGAACUCAGCAGCCCCAACAAGGAUGGCAACCUCAUGCUCAAACAGGCUCUGGACUACGAGACGACGAGCAGCUACACUUUCACCGUCCAGGUGCGAGAAAACCUGAGAAACCUGCGUUUUCCUGCGGACAACACGGGCAGUGCUGUCACCACAGCCCAGGUGAACAUCAAGGUGUUGGAUGUAGACGAGGCACCGCUCUUUUCGCUGCCCAUCUACACAUUCACCGUGGUGGAGGAAUGUAUUGUGAGCAACAUAGGAACCGUCACAGCCAGAGAUCCUGACAAAGCCAACAAGAGCAUUCGAUACUCCAUCUUAGACAAGGACUGUCCUAUCAGUAUCAACCAGUUCACCGGUCAGCUGUCCACCCUGAGGAUGCUGGACAGAGAGCUAGAGGCCACACACAUGUUUCAAGUUAAAGCGCAGGAGGAGCCAAGUGGUUUGGAGUCAUUUGUGAAAGUCAACAUUAUAGUUCAGGACAUCAAUGACAACACGCCUGAACUGACUGUGGAUGAGAUCUUCGUAUGUGAGAACGACCUCACGGACACGGUGAUAGGAACCUUGCGAGCCUCAGAUAAAGACGACCAGCCGGCAUCCUUCGGUUUCAGCCUGGCCAGUGAGAGCUCCAACUUCUCCAUCAAAGACUAUGGCAACAGCACAGCAGACAUCACGGUGAAACAGGGGCCGUUCAGCCUGGAUGACCCCAAGGAUUACAACGUGGAUGUGAGCAUCAGUGACGGAGGGCAGCCCGUCCAGACCAGCAUCACCAAGCUGGCAAUCAAGUCGUGUCGGUGUGAUGCCAGGCGGAUUCCUACGCAGUGCAAAGCUGGCGCUCGGAGGAUGGGAGUGAGCGUUCACGCCCUGAUAGCCAUUCUGCUCUGCAUACUGACCAUACUCGUCAUAGUGAUCCUGUUUGUGAUGAGGAAACGCUACCAGAAGGAUUCUCUGGCCAGUCUGAAGAACAGCGGGGAGAUUCACGAGCAGCUGGUCACGUACGAUGAGGAGGGAGGAGGAGAGAUGGACACUAAUGGCUACGAUGUCUCAAUCCUCUCUUCCGCUUGCCACGAUGGCUCCCUGCUCCGUCACCCGGACCACCACCCCCACCCGUCUCUCUACGCCAUGGUGCAGAAACCCCCCCACCACGCACAACCCACCGCCUGUAAGGGCGACAUGGCCGUGAUGAUCGAGGUGAAGAAGGACGAGGCGGACCACGACAGGGACGGCUUCCCAUACGACACCCUCCACAUCUACGGCUACGAGGGACCAGAGUCUUUAGCCGGAAGCCUCAGCUCUCUGGGGAGUUCCUCCACGGGUUCGAACUUGGAUUACGACUUCCUGAACGACUGGGGUCCGAGGUUCAGGACCCUGGCCGAGCUGUACGGUGUGGACGCACCUGACUACUACCAUCAAUACUGAUGGAGACCAUCUGCUAAUAAGCAUAUAGGAUGCCAAAAUACACACACACACACACACACACACACACAUCGAAAAGAGCCAUAAAAACACACUCACACAUAGCCAAAUGUAUGUAGGAAAUAUACACACUCACACUCGUAGAACCAGGAUUUGACGCCGUCCGUUUAGUUUCUUUCCAAGAGCUUCGGUUUUGGUUUCUGGAGAGCUCUUAUACUGACGAUAUGGUGCCCUUUGUCUCCUCCUCCAUCCGAGGAGAUGUUGGAAAGAUUUUUAAAAGUAACACCAGGACAUGACGCCAUAGGAGACAGUGAGAACCAACUGCCUCACAGAUGUGCAAGAGGAUCGAUUGUUGGCGACAGCGUGAGAUCCACACCGUGAGGAUGCUUUUAAAUUUCUGUCACAGUGUUGUGAAGUCUGACAUCGUAACCCUUUUAUCACCUGAGAAGAUCUGAAAGUCCAAAUCAGACGAAGCUCCACGGCGGGCCAUUCAGAGUUUAUCUUGGAUAGUUGAUGGUCACUGCUGGCCAGAUAUUCAAAUUCUUUACGCCCGUUUGCAUUCAGUUUAUGUCUCAAAACACCAUUUUGCAUCAUUUUUUAACCACCGUUGACUGUACUGCAGAAUAAGUUUAGUAUCGUGUCUCUUAAAAUGUGUUAUUUGUACGCACCUAUAUUAAUCGACACGUACACCUACCAAUGACGCAUAUUUCUUAAUAUAUGCAUAAUCUACAUUUGGAUCUAAAUAGACAUUUUAAACUAUUUUUAACUACAAAAAAAGAACAAAAAGUAUGCAUAGUCUUAUUAAAUCAAAUGUUUACGUCAACUUGUCAUCUUGAUAUGAGCUUUUUAUGUAUAUCUGCUAAUAUAAGCGUUUUUAAUAUCAAUGGAAGUUAAUUUCUGCUGCUGGGGAUGCAAAAUGGUGCAUUUAAAAACAACUCCUUGUUGAUUUGAGAUUUUUACCGUAUUUUUUUCUGUCCCACGCUUCUCUUUCAUAUCGACAGCCUGUAAUCUCUCUGAACUUUGAUGUGGGGUUUUUUGUUGUUGUUUUUUUGACAAAAGGUCCAUAAACACGGCGAGAAUGGAGUGAUUUUAUUUUUGAUCUGAGGUUGAUGAUUUCAUUUUUAAAUAAGAUAUCGCUUCAGGGGUUUAUUAUUUGAGGUGAAAAACUGAACACCACAAGAGUUUUAACUCAAAGAGGUUUGAAGUGUUUGAUCACAGCAAGAUGCCAGUUGUGUUGGCUUUAUCUAAAACACUGAAAGAGUUGUCUUUAAGGAAAGUUCAAGUCCCAACACAACAUCAGGUGUUAGUUGUCUGAAAAAGUUUAGAAAGCUGCAUCAAAAGUUCCUGAUUUUUAGCAGGUUUUUCAAGGUAGAAACCUUCUUUUUGGUUCCUAAAACCAACCAUCUGAUAUGAACAAGGAGUCAUUUUCUAAGUGAGUCAUUCUGUCCAUUUAUCUUCUGCUGCAAGGAUAAAAAAAGACAACAGACAGACUGAAAGGAAACGGCACUACUGCUGCUCAGACAGAAUUACAGCAUGUUCCAGGUCUUAUUUGACAGAACUUAUCAUCACAUAUUGUUGAGAUGAAAAGCCCAAUUCUCAGAGGCCCACUAGAACAAAAGUCAUUCAGACAACUCAGGAAACGCCAAGUGGCCACAGCGGUCAGUUGGGCCGUUGUGAUGGCUCCGAGGUGGCUCGAAUAACUUUAACCUCCCAUCCUUUGGGGCUACUGGCAGGUCAGAAACUCUCUGAUCCAACAUUUUAAAAUAGUUCUGUCAUAUUACAGAAACGAAAAGCACUGUUGAUCAUUCAGAAUUCUGUGACUGAACUGGAACUAUUUAUUUACUGUGGUUUGUUUCAUCUUCCAAUGAGAAGUCCACUCGUUAUUGGGUUGCACCGUCUAAAAGAACCAAAAUAUGGAUACAGACUAUACUUUUAAUUUGGCUUGUGGUUAUUGUCGACAGGACAAAAAAAAAGCUCUUUUGAGCCAUACUCAUCCUCAUUUCCUCUGCCUUUUUGUGGAUUAAGGCUGAAACUAAUUAUUAUUUAAUCUGCUCGUCUUGAAUCAUUGAUUGUUGUAUCUAUGAAAUGAAAAAUGUCCAAGAUGAGCCCAUUGAGCCCAAGAUGCCUUUUGUUAAAUGAAGAUAUUCAAUUUGCAAUAACAUAAAACUGAAAUAAGCCGCAAAACUCACAUUGAAGAAGCUGGACACCAGCAACAUGUUUGUCCAAAUUAGCUUGAAAAGUGACCCAUUAGCAAAAUUAAAGUAAUUCUGAUCACGGGUUAUUCCUUACAAAGAUCAUCUACUUAAUUCAUUUGGGUUGCCAGGUUGUUGGCGCACAUUUAAAUGGCAGAUCCCUUUGAUCUUUAAUCCUCUUAUAACUUAGAGGAUAUGAUGUAUAUUUGCAGGAACAACUGCGUCCAUGGACCAUUUGAACCCCGGCUAUCAGGGACUCAGUAGCAUGUAGACAAUACCUACCUAUCUGAAUCAGAACCAGAACCGUUUAUUUGCCAAAGUAUGUUGCACAUACAAGGAAUUUGACACGGUGGAUUAUUAUUGUGCAAAUGAAAGCUCUGGAGGUAAAUCAUUCAUAAAGUUAAAAGGUCACUGCAACAACUCAUAAAUCAGUUUUCUUUACAGUGAAGUGGUGCCCAUUCCCAUUAAUAUAGUCCAGUUGACAAUGCAAUAUUUAAAUACAUUGUUCUGCUGAAGACACAGCCACAUGUCCUGAGGACCGCCCCUUUGUUUUUAAAAAAUAUCUACUUUCAUUCCAGUUUAGAGAAUAUAGUUUAUUUAUUCUCCUGUUUAUUCUGUUUUGUUUGGACUUGAAGUUGUUUCUAGCUCCUUGGAAUGCCAUUUGACAAACGGUGGAUACAAUAGCUGGAAGCCCUCUCAAUGCUUUCCUGUUGGGUUCAUAUUAUAUAUAUAUAUAUAUAUAUAAACUUAGAGCAGCCAGUUCCUCCACCUCACUCUCAGUCUCUCCCUCAUUCUCCGGUCCUCCUUGUUUGCCUCACCGUAUCUCUACCACACCUUCUCUCUCAUCGUCCUCUAAUCAGUUAAACCAAACGGCGGAGUCAACUUCCUGUCCAUGUGGGGGGUUUCUCCCGCCCCUUCCUGUCCGUGUUAUCUCUCCCGUGGGCCAACACAUUGUGCUCACUUCCCGUUAGCCCGGGCUGGGAAAACAACCUUGGAGAGGAAAAAGGAUCGAGGCAAGGAGAAACAUAUAUGACAAGAAACAAGGAGGAAAGAUGAAGAGAACAAUGUAGAGCAGUGAUGAGUUUUCCAGCUGUGCAGAAACACUUCAGAGCAAAGACACAUCGCACAUGCAAGAGGCGCUAACAUCCUGUUUCUGAAGCAAAGCCGAACGCAGCGUUUACAAAUCAAUAAAGAUUAGCCACAGUUAAAUCUUUAAAUUCAUAAUAAGCAACUCCUCACUUUGUUGGCACUGAGGAAUACAGUGGAUUCACAAGUAGACCAUUGCUUUUGCAACCUAGUUACCAGAAAAAUAGUUGGCAUUCUACAUUUCUGCAAACCACGUCGAGUGUGAAUACAUUUCAUGAACGUUUAAUUUGGUUUCACUCGGGACACGAGGAUCAGUCUCCUGGGUGAAAGUCCUGUGUUUGUUUGACUCAUUCAUGACUCUCCCUUGCCCUUGGAGGACUUUUUUUUGGCUCGUUUUACUCAUUAUUUCAUUAACGGUUGUUCAAUAUAUUACAUCACUUGCUCUGACGGAAUGCAAAAAACGUCCACAUAAAAAAAAACUCCACAUUCAAUGUAUCCGUGGUUUGCAG